AUGCCUCCAAUACGUGGGAAGAGAGAUCCAGAGCUUGACUGCCUUACUAGGGCUAAGAUCUGUGAAUUAAAUACUACAAAUGGCUGGGAGGCAAAGCGUCAAAAACAGCAAAGCCUUCCACACUCAGGCGCCCUAAGGAAGCUUACUGAAGAGGAUCGUGAUCAUAUAUACGAUACUAAACAGCAAACCCCGCCAAUUUUAGUCGAAGAUCUACUCGCUCAAGUCGAUUUCAAGGUUAAACGAAUGGCAAUUUGGCGUCUUACCUAUGAAAUGGGCCUUCGAAAGUGGCGAAAGAUGCAGCGACCUAGUUUAACACCUUUACAUGCCGAAAAGCGCCUACAUAUCAGCACUUUACAUCUACAGAUUAGGCCCGCGUUUAUUGGUCCGACGAAUACACAGUUGAACGUGGAAUCGGCCAGCGGUAAGAAUGGACGUUUACACGUCCGAAAGACCAGCUUUUUCAGCAUUCAAAUGAAGACUCCCAUGUUUAAAUGA